UUUCUCUGGGUGUGGUUUAACAGAGACUGACUGCGCUCGUUUUAUCAUUCCGCUCACCUGAGCCUCUGCCAAAACUGGAGGCGGGAGCGUUUGUAUACUGUAUAAAUAACCCGAGACAUGAUAGUGAGUGAGAAUCAUUCAGACUCCAGGAGCAUCUCUCCAAGGGCUGUGGGUUAUUACACAUCAAUAUGCAUAUAAACGCACCCGAAUCGUACAAUUUCAUGUUUUUAUUUUGCUUUUUAAUAAGGAGUGGUCUGACUUUGAAGAAUGAUGCAACGGAGAUUUUCUACUCUCAUGUGGUCAGUCCCGUGCAGGAUGCUCAGAGCAACUCGUCUCUGAAUCGCGCGCGCUCCGGUGGAAGAGGCUUCACAGCGCACGAGAGAGAACGAAUCCCAGUCGGCUGCAGAGAGCUGCGAUCCACAAAGUACAUCUCAGACGGCCAGUGUACCAGCAUAAACCCUGUUAAGGAACUGGUGUGCACUGGACAGUGUCUUCCAGCUCAGAUGCUGCCCAACUGGAUCGGUGGAUACGGUAGGAAGUUCGGGAAUCGCCGAAACAAUCAGGACUGGCGCUGUGUGAACGACAAGACCCGUACCCAGCGGAUUCAGCUCCUGUGCCAGGAUGGCAGCACCAGGACCUACAAGAUCACAGUGGUGACCUCCUGCAAAUGCAAAAGAUACACACGGCAGCACAACGAAUCGGGAGUCAAGUCUGUGGGAUACGCUCAUACCCAGAUAAAAAAACUAAAGAUCAAAGCAGGCACGGGGACGGAAAGCUAAAUGAGUCUCUUCCUCCGACUGAGCUAGAUUUUCCCUUUUAAAAGAAGUUAGUAUAAACGUGAGGGCUUGUGACAUCAGCUCACAGGAACACUGAACUUUCUUUGUGCUGCCUUUGAGAGCAAGUGUGGGGCUCUGAGUUCACUGUGAAACCAGAUGUCCAGUGCAAUCUUUGGAAAGAAGAGAAAAAAAAGACUAAAUCUCAUCACCAAAAUAAUCUCAGUAACAUGCAGCCACUAGUGAAGACCUGUUCAUAAUCAUGUCAAAGAGACUGACAAUGACAACUGCAUAUUACGUUACAAAACAGUUAGAAACAGGCCUGUGAUCCUAAUUGUUUUUUGUCAUCACUGCCUGAUAUGUGUGGUAAUCACUUGCUGUAGUAUAUGCUGUAAGUCUUUGUGUUCAAUGAAAAUAAGAGUAGUUCUCAAACCCAGGAAAUGCAUAGCUACAUGUAAAUUAAAUGUCUGUACAUAUUCAUAUGCAUUUGUUUAUGUAAUUAAUUGUUUUGAAGGAUCUUUAUGUGUAUUAUUGUGACGUAUAAGCUGAUGUAAUAUAUUUUGCCUUGACUUUGCUCAUUUUUAGUUUAUGCAAGCAUUAUUCAGACAAGAUAUUGCACUAUAGUGACAAUGCUUAUAUUGGCUAUUAUGGU